CGUGACAAAGACGCGAAUCCAACAGCCAUUUUGAUCGAGUUGAAGACUGCACAAUGGCGGAACAACAAGACUACACAUACGAUCAGCAAGCAAAUGGAGAAGGGGGCUUUGAACAGUUCGAACAACAGCAACAAAAUGCAGAACCCAUGGAAGGACAAGAAGUAGACUUCAGUGCUGGUGCCGGAGGUGGCGGAGAAGGCAAAAUUAUGGAUGACGAUGAUGAUCGCAAAAUAUUUGUUGGAAAUCUCAGUUGGGAAACCUCACAAAAGGACUUAAAAGAUUAUUUCACAAAGUUUGGAGAGGUUGAAAAUUGUGUCUUAAAACAGGAUUUGGAGACAAAACGAUCUCGCGGUUUUGGAUUUGUUGUGUUCAAGGACCCUUCAACAGUAGAUAAAGUACUGGAUGAGAAGACACACAAUUUAGGUGGUAGAAAUAUAGAUCCCAAGAAAGCUAAUCCACGGAAGAAGGAAGAAGUUAUAAAAAAGAUCUUUGUCGGAAAGGUUGAUCCUAGCCUGACAGAGGCUGAAAUCAAAGAAUACUUUGAAACAUUUGGAGAGGUUAAGAAAAUUGAUCUACCAUAUGACAAAACAAAGGAGCAAAGGCGAGCAUUCUGUUUUGUUGAGUUUAAGGAGGAAGAUGCAGUGAAGAAAAUCACUGACCAAGCUGUUCACAAAAUUAAAGAUCAAGAGGUGGAUGUCAAAAAAGCUACCCAGAACAACCAGAGUAAGAGAGGCCGAGGUGGCUGGUAUGGAUACGGAGGUGGACGUGGAGAUACUGAAUCUGGCAUUGCAGGAUGGCAAGGAUAUAACCAGGGAUACGGUUACGGGGGAUAUGGCUAUGGAGGAUACGGCCAAGGAGGAUACGGAUAUGGAUAUGAUUAUUAUGGAGGUGGACCCAACUAUGGAAACUGGGGCGGAUAUGACCAGUACUACAACAACUAUGGAGGAUACGGUGGUGACGGUUAUGACUACUACGGAUACGAUCAGGGUCAACAGCAGAGUAACUAUGGUAAAUCUCAGAAGGGCGGCCGAGGUGGUGGUGGUGGAUACCAUCCAUACAACCGAUAAUCACAGAUUAUGGCCAUUGUCAUUAAAGAUUGGAAGUCUGUGUUGUUUUGUGCUCUUUGUGACAGGGAGUUCAUUCAGAGAGAGAGAAAAGUCCUUUCAUUAUCCAUUUGACACUCAUCAUUUUCAUUUUUCAUUUCACAUGUGAGGAGCAUUUUGUAGUUGAAUUUUAUGUGCAGUCAUCAACUUGUAAUAAAAUUGAUCUUUUAAAAAAA